AUGGAUUUAGACGACUUGGAUAUAGCCGUAGACAACACGUAUGAACUCGGAGGGUCGGAUGACGAGAGAGAAAGAGCUCAAAAUGCUGCUCUUGUCGAACAGCUCGAGAGGAAGAAGAGGUUAAGGCGUAUGGCCGUACCCACGGAUGAUAAGAAGGUUAAGGAAAGAUUGAGAGCUUUUGGGGAACCGAUAACAUUAUUUGGAGAAGGUCCUGGAGACAGAAGGGAUCGACUAAAAUUGAUACAAGAACAAAUAGAACAGAGAAGGGGACUGGAAGGCAUCAAUUACGCCGAUUAUGAUGCAGAGUCAAGUAGUGAAGAAGAGGAUGAAGGAGAGUUUUACACAGAAGGAUCACAUGCGCUUUUAGAGGAAAGAAGGAAGAUUGCGAGGUAUUCAUUAUCACGCGCUCGUACAAGAAUAGCCAGGCAACGUAUAGAAGUCUCUCUCCCCUUGGGCAAAAUCAUCAACGCUCGCAAAGACCUCUUCUCAUCCCUGAAAACGUUCUCCAUCCUCGGUUCCCAAUUCGGUGAUGACAGACCGUUGUCCACUAUACGUUUCUCGCCUGACUCAAAGUUGGUCUUAACGACAAGCUGGACGGGUGAGACGAAGUUGUGGGAUCUACCAAAUUUGAAUUUGGUGGGUACGAAAAGAGGGCAUAGCGAUAGACUAGGAGGAGCUGCUUGGUACCCUGGAGCAUCUGUGGAAAAGCGGGAUACAUUGGGUUUUGCCACUGGUGGGGGAGAGGGAGAUGUGAAGUUAUGGUCUAUUGGGUCAGACACCGCUGUAGCCACCCUUUCUGGCCAUACAAACCGCGUGGGCAGAGUAGCAUUCCAUCCUUCUGGUGCAUACCUCGGUUCGGCAUCUUUCGACGGGACAUGGAGAUUAUGGGAUGUGGAGAGUCAGAAGGAACUCAUGACGCAAGAAGGGCACAGUAAAGAGGUGUAUGCUUUGGGCUUUCAAGAUGAUGGAGCGUUGGUGGCAUCAGGUGGGUUUGACGCCAUCGGGAGAGUAUGGGAUCUACGGACAGGUAGAACGGCUAUGGUUCUUGAUGGACAUAUCAAAGAGAUUCUAGCUGUGGACUUUGCGCCAAACGGCUAUCAAGUCGCCACUGGUUCAGGUGACGAUACGGUCCGUAUAUGGGACCUUCGAGCACUUAAAACUCAAUACAUAAUACCCGCACAUAAAUCUAGUGUAUCGGAUUUAUCUUUUUUCCGAUCUUCUUCUGAUAUUCCCUUCCAACCUCUUCCCUCCAUCUCUUCUCAUUCAGCUUCACAACCAUCUAACCCCUCUAUCGCUUCACCUGUUAAUGGAACACAGGGAAGUGUAGAUGUCGAAAUGGAUCAUGCCUCACCCUCUAGUGACUUACCCGUCACUGGUCUAUUCCUAGUCACUGCUGGAUUCGACAAUAUGGUCAGGAUUUGGAGUGCUGAUGAAUGGGCUUUGAUUAUGAGGCAAAUUGAGCAGAGUCGGGAUGGGAAACUGGUUGGGAGUGCUAGUUAUAGUAGAAGUUUUCAUCUCUUUGGCCAUGAAGGAUCUUUGUGA